AUGCAGCACAGACCACCACUGGUGACCCAAACGCCCAAUACCCAAGCGCACACAGUGAGCACCGUCGCCGCCAGCAGUGGUGCUGGUGGUGGUGUUGCCACUACAACAGCUACGCGCAAAAUCCUCCAUGCCAGAACGGCGGCUGCGACGCAUGCCAAUGUUAGCACCGCCACGCCCGUUUCGUUCGCCGGCCUCGGCUCUGAGGUGACGGUGACAUUGACGCGUUCUGGUAAAUCGACCGCCGGUCAUAUUCAAACGACAACAACAACGGUGCUAGAUCCUUUAGAUUUACAAGAUCAAGACGAAUAUCAACAGCAACAACAUCAACAAAUCGUUAUUGAGCAUCACAGCGGCAACGGGCAGUCACAGCAGCAACAGACGCACGAAGAAGAGCUGCUCGAGUAUGAGGACGAAGAAGAGGUGGAAGAGCAUCACCUGCAACAGCUGCAGGAGGUGCAGGAUCAGCAGGAGUGCGACGGCGAGCAAGUCGAAGAGGUUUAUCUGAACUGA